AUGUCUCACAGCAAACGAAAACGCUCUCAGUUGUCCGACACUGAUGAAUCUUUGGAUGGCUUCGCUUCUGAUGACCAGCAGUCCGAGAACGAGAUUGACAUUUCUGCCGCAUUGGCUGGGCGCGCUGCACCUAAGGUGCAGGCCGACGCAGACCACGACGACGAUGAACAGCUACAGAAAUUCAUAAACGAGGCAACUACGAAGCGUGAUGUCAAGUGGGGAACCGAUCUGUUGAAGAAAACCAAAGGCAAGGCCAAGAUGACAAAAGGCGAGGUGGGAGGGGGUAGUUUCCAGAGCAUGGGUCUGUAUCCCUGGCUGCUGCGCUCGCUGACCUUGCAAGGAUUCCGCAUUCCGACACCGAUACAGAGACUCUCAGUCCCCGCGCUCAUCGCCAACCCUCCACGAGAUCUCGUAGGCAUGGCGCGUACUGGCUCAGGAAAGUCUCUGGCAUACAUGGUGCCCUUAAUCCAGAGGUUAAGCGGCAGGCACUCGCCGACUUUCGGGGCCCGGGCGUUGAUCUUGCUUCCCUCACGCGAGCUGGCCCUGCAAGUCCUGAAGGUGGGCAAGGAGCUUGCGCGAGGAUGGCAUGCAGGCGAAGGCGACCAUGCAGGGGAUGGAAUGGACGCUGAUGAUGGGAAGAAGGGACAAGGCCUCCGGUGGAGUCUCAUUGUUGGUGGUGAGGGCUUGGACGAGCAAUUUGAGAUGAUCACGCAGAACCCGGACGUUAUCAUUGCCACCCCAGGCCGGCUGCUGCAUCUCAUUGUCGAGAUGAACAUGGACUUGAAGUCCAUUCAGUAUGUCGUGUUUGACGAAGCAGACCGACUCUUCGAAAUGGGCUUCGAGACCGCUUUGACGGAAAUUCUGCAUCGCCUGCCUGCGACACGGCAGACGCUCCUCUUCUCUGCCACGCUUCCAAAAAGUCUCGUCGAAUUCGCCAAGGCAGGCUUGCAGAAUCCGAAGCUCGUUCGUUUGGACGCAGAGUCGAAGAUCAGCCCGGACCUUAAAAUGGCAUUCUUCUCAGUGAAGCAGGCUGAGAAGGAUGCAUGUCUUCUAGUCCUUCUGCGGGAUGUUAUCGGCGUCCCGCUUGGUGCGUCCAAAGCGAGCGACGAAGAUCACGACGAGGCACUAGACAAGAAAGGCAAAGGCAAGGCGAAGGCGAGGCACCGUGAGCAUGUCACGGCACCCCACCAGACUUUGGUAUUCGCCGCCACGAAGCAUCACGUCGAGUAUCUUACGAAUAUGCUUAUCAGCGCUGGCUAUGCUGUCUCCCACAUAUAUGGAUCAUUGGACCAGGCAGCGCGUACGCAACAUAUGGAACGCUUCCGCCGUGGCCAUACUAGUAUUCUCGUUGUUACGGACGUCGCCGCCCGUGGUAUCGACAUACCCGUCCUCGAGAACGUCGUGAAUUACGACUUCCCUCAGGGCGCGCGGGUCUUCAUACAUCGUGUGGGCCGUACUGCUCGCGCCGGUCGACCGGGCUGGGCAUGGUCGUUCGUCACGAACCCUGAGCUGCCGUAUCUGCUCGAUCUGCAACUUUUUCUCGGACGCCCAAUCAAGGGCGACGUCUCGGAAGGUAGUGACCGAGUCUACACAGAAUCGCUCGUCCUAGGCCAGUUCGAUCGCGACAAUGUGGACGACGAGGUGGAGUACAUUAAGAAGCUGGACGAGGAGAACCACAACUUGAGCGCCAUGCGCGAUGUCAUGCGCAAGGGCCACGGCAUGUACGAACGGAGUAAGGGCAAGGCCAGCCAAGCGAGCUACAAGCGCGCCAAGGAGAUGAUGAAGGAGGGCAAGUGGGGACUUGUCGGCUCCGACUCGGGUGUACACCCGGUCUUCUUCCGCAACCAGGACGGCAGUAACGCCGCUGGCAAGCUCGCUGAGGAAACAAAACGCAAGGCACUGUUGAAGGCGGUUAGCUCCUUCCGACCAGCCGAGACCGUCCUGGAGAUUGGCGCAAGGGGCAACACAGAGACCGCGACUCUGAUGAAGCAGAGGCGGAAAGCGUUGAAUAAGGCCGCUCAGAGAGCUUCUCUGGCGUCUACAUCUACCGCGGCGGUGGCUUCAGAAAAUCAUGCGGAGGAUGAUGCUGAUUCUGACGUGGAUGCUGAGGGUAUCGAGAUGGCUGAUGAGGAGGAGAUUGCGGCCGUCUUCGAUUCUUAUCACGGAGAUAAAAGAGAUUCAAAUGAUAGCAGGAAGAGCUAUCGGGACAGCGAAUUCUAUAUGUCUCACUACCAAAAGGACGCCAACACGGAGAAGGGCUAUUCGCUUCGAGAUGGAGCGACCUUCGCUGAACAAGCCCAGAACCUUGCAUUCGACUUGGCGGGCGACGAGGGCGUGCGAGAACGCAAGCGUCGCGAACUCAAUUGGGAUAAGAAGAAAAAGAAGUUCGUCAAAGGUACAGGCGAAGGAGCCGACAAUGUCAAGCUUGUACGGACUGAGUCCGGCGUGAAGCUGCCUGCCACAUACCGCAGCGGCCGAUUCGACGAGUGGAAGGCCAAGACGCGCACCAGCCUGCCAAAGGUCGGCGAAGCAGAAGCUGAGGGAUCAUUCAGACGUGGCGCAUCCACUAUCGGAGGAAGAAAGUUCAAGCACAACCAGGUCGCUACUCCGAAGCCUCUAGACAAGCUGAGCAAGGACUAUGAGCGGAAGACCAGGCAGAAGAAAAAGAGGCUGGAGCACGAGGGCGGUGAAGACGUCUCGAGCCCAUCGUCGAAACCAUCUUCCGGGAAGAAGGGCAGGGCGGUUGGUCGCCGACCUGGAGGGAAAUCAGUUCGUACAGUCAGGAACGAGCUGAAAACUGUCGAUCAGAUACGCAAGGAUCGCAAACUCAUGGAAAAAAGACGGACUAAGAACGCUCGUCCUAAUCACAAGAAAGGCAGACGAUGA